AUGGAAGCCCAAGUGCGACCUACCGCCCUCCGAAUCACCCCAAUCGCGUCCUACGACCCCAAAACCCACCUUGCAGACAUGAGACCAGUGGUCGAAACAAGGAGUCGAGAGGAGGAAGGUUGCUUUACCGAUGAGCAUGACGACGAACAGUGCAGCGGUGAUGAACAGGACGAAGCAGAAAGCGCCUUGAAGCUCAAUGACGAGAGGGAAGACACUAGGGAUAACAAGCGACCAAAGGGGAAGUGCAUGGCCAGUCGUCGUCCUGAUCUUGAACGUGAGUUCGUAUUGCAUGUAGAGGAUCCAGUGGACGAUCAUCUGGGACACCCCUCGAUACCGGAGCGCCUCAAAAAGGCCCUUGGGAUGUUGCGGAGGGCGCAUCCCGAGGCCGACCUCGAGCUCUAUUACGUCCAAGAUAGUCCUGGGGUGUGGGGCGUCAAGUGCCUGGUAUGCGACAGCGAUCACAUCCUCCUGCAAGCCUGUUACGGUUUCACAUGGAACCUCCAGCAGCACCUUCAAAGCCGCCCCCACCAAGCGCAGGCCGCCGCACUCGUGCGGGGCCGCGCACUUGCCCUGGACCCCAUCCCUCGCGUCACACAAGACCCGCCGCGCCCGCCCGCGCCUCGCCGCGCCGCGCGACUCGCCGGUCCGCGCUCCUGGGACUGGCAACUAUCCGACGUCCGCGUCGGCUUCGUCCUCGUCCAGUGCGUCGUCGGCCACUGCGCAUGCGAGGGCUUCCGCGCCCGCACGCCUUCGCCGUCUACGUCCAAGGAUGCGCUCGCCGUCGACAGACCUUCCAGGUUCUGGGCCCCCGACGCCUGGUCCCAGCUCCUCGCACCAACCGCAGUGCCCCCACACGUGCACAACGUCCUCAAGAACGCAAAGGCGACCAACAUAUCUUUGCACUACGCAGUCACCGACGACGACGACGUCCACAAAUGGAGCGUGAAAUGCCAAUACUGUGGCAAGUACGUCUCUCUCAACGUGUCGAAGACUGAGCCCAACAAGAUACUGCGAAACUUCCGCGACCAUCUCACCAAGUCGCAUCCAACCCUGAUGCCACGCACGCGCCGGCGGAAGCGCGCCGCUGCCGCCACCACACCCAGCCCGCGCCUACAACGGGGCCUCAUGACCCCGCCCGCCUCGCGGGAGGUUCGCCGCACACGACGGUCGGUCCAGACGUCGCCCUCGACCUCGCGCGCCGGGCCACCGUCGCGGCGUGCACGCGCGGCGCGUUCCGUAUCGCCUCGUCGCCCGUCGCCCGCCGCUGUGGUCGACCCCCUGACGCAGUUCUGCGGGGAAUUCGCGCUCAACGAGGACGAGGAGGCGCAGCUGCGGGAGGUCGGGAUCGUCGACGAGAGGAAGAUCCGGGAGUUCGGGCGGGCGUCGCGGGGCGACGCGAGGAUGCGGCUGCUUGCUGCGCUGGAGGAGGUGGGGAUGAGCCGAGCGGCGCGGCUGCUGGUGGAGACUGGCCUUGUCGAGCGCGCUGCGGGUGCUCCUUGA